CCGAAGUCAGCCAGUUGUUUUAACUCCUCUCCGCAAAUCCUUCUAUAGACUACUAUUUAUCCUUUCUUUUCACCCCACAGCCCCAUCACUCCUUGUUGCCCAAAAACCACCCAUUCAUCAUCAUCAUCAUCAUCAUGCAGAAGGCUGCACAGCAGUCUUGGGAGCUCGAAAAUGCCAUCAGCCUCAUAGAUCCCCAACGAGACACCCUCUAUCGGUACGAUGAAGAAACACACAAAGCCCUCAGUGCGGAGCGCCCAUGGGCCAGAGACCCCCACUAUUUCAAAUCGAUACGGAUCUCCGCCGUCGCGCUACUAAAGAUGGUGAUGCAUGCACGCUCGGGCGGGUCCCUCGAAGUCAUGGGCCUAAUGCAAGGCUACAUCCUGCCAGAAACCUUUGUUGUAACUGAUGCAUUUCGUCUCCCCGUCGAAGGAACAGAGACUCGAGUGAACGCCCAAGAAGAAGCAAAUGAAUACAUGGUGUCUUAUCUCCAGGCAUGUCGAGAUGCAGGACGGAUGGAAAAUGCAGUCGGCUGGUAUCACAGUCACCCUGGUUAUGGUUGCUGGUUAUCCGGGAUCGAUGUCACCACGCAGGAUAUGCAGCAGCUCGGCGGGCCGUUUGUUGCCGUGGUCAUUGAUCCAGAGCGGACCAUUUCGGCAGGGAAGGUAGAUAUUGGGGCUUUCAGAACGUUCCCUAAGGAUUAUACGCCACCCAAAGAAGAGCAAGAGGAUGAUGAGUAUCAGACCGUACCGCUUAACAAAGCGGAGGACUUUGGAGCGCAUGCAUCCCAUUACUAUUCACUUGAGGUAUCGCUUUUUAAGAGCGCUCUUGAUACCGAGAUAUUGUCACUUCUGUGGAACAAAUAUUGGGUGGCUACUCUCAGUCAGAGCCCUCUGUUUACUACCCGUGAUUAUGGUAGCAAACAGAUGAUGGAUCUUAGCCAGAAAGUUAGACGGGCCGCGCGUGGUAUUGAAAGCAAUCCCUCACGGGCCGGAACUACUGCUGUUAAGGAUCAACAGUUGGAGAAAGUCGUGCGAGAUGGGCAGCGAAUUGUAUCAGAGGAAGUGAAGGGCCUUCUAGCAGCCGAAGUCAAGAUGAAGCUCUUCCAAGGCAUCGGCGAGAAUAGCAAGGCAGAGACAUAAACAGCCAUAGUUUCAAGUGAAACAGAUAUUACGAAUGGUGGUACGACUCUAUGUUGGGUUUAAGCUUCUACCGAGAGUUUUUUCGGUGUCAAAGGCGCUUCUCGGCCCAUAUGUAUUAGAUGCUCCUGAGCAACACGACGAAUUAUGACGAGAUAUCUUGGCUAAACUUGCGCAUUUUUCUUGUACAAUUUAUUCUUAUAGAUGUAGCACAUAAGACUAAAGAUAUAUACCUUCGUAGUUAAACAGGUAGGUACAAGAACAGAAAGGAAGGACACAUGGGGUGUACAAAGCUGGGACAACAUACAAUGUUAUCCUAUGUCGUGACGUAUCAUUAUCCAUCGUGAACGAGACCCCAGUCCCGUGGAAACCCUUAUCAUGAAGCCGGGGGAACCAAGACACGGACGACAAUCUCAUACAAAAAAA